AUGGAUUCAUGGAGUGCCACCACCCCUGUUUGUUCCUGGAUUGGAAUCAAUUGUACCAGUGGCAAUACCGUCACCGGAAUCUCCUUCAAUAGCCAAAACAUCGGUGGCGAAAUCCCACCGUCUAUUUGUGAACUCAAAAACCUCACCAUUCUUGAUCUUGGAAACAAUAGUAUCCCAGGAAACUUCCCCACAUUUUUAUACAAUUGUACCAAGCUCAAAACUCUAGUCUUAGCAUCAAAUUAUUUUGUUGGGAAAUUACCCAAUGAUAUUAAUAAGCUUUCUCCUAAUAUCCAACACAUUGACUUUAGUGCCAAUAACUUCACUGGUGAUAUCCCAUCAUCAUUAGCUCAGCUCAAAGAGUUGAUCACUUUGCAUUUGGAUUCCAACUUGUUCAAUGGCACAUUCCCUUUUGAAUUGGGUAACUUGGAGAAUCUUGAGGAAUUGGUGUUAGCUUACAAUCCAUUUUCACCUAUGAAGUUGCCCAGACAAUUUGGUAUGCUUAGGAAUGUGAAGUUUCUUUGGAUGACGCAAUGCAAUUUGAUUGGCGAAAUCCCAGAGGAAUUUGCUAAUCUAACUCGCCUUGACCAUUUAGACUUGGUGGAGAAUGAUUUGGUGGGUGAAAUCCCAAGUGGCUUGUUUUUGUUAAAGAAUUUGACAAUUCUAUACUUGUACAGAAAUAAGCUUUCAGGGGGAAUCCCGUCCUCGAUCGAGGCCUUAAAUUUGGUAGAACUCGAUCUCUCGCAGAAUGAAUUGACAGGAAUAAUUCCUGAAGACAUUGGAAAGCUGCAAGAGUUACAGGUCUUAAAUUUGUUCCAAAACAAAUUCCAUGGAACAUUACCUACAAGUAUAGGCUUGCUUCCUUCCUUGAGGGAAUUCAAGAUAUUCAGCAACCGGUUUUCGGGUCCACUUCCCCCAGAAAUGGGCCUACACUCGAAACUCGAGGACUUUGAAGUGUCAGACAAUGCAUUUACCGGCCAACUGCCGAGGAAUCUUUGCGCUGGUGGGAGCUUAUUGGGUGUUGUGGCAUUCAGCAACUAUCUAAAUGGGACAAUUCCAAGUUCUCUAGGCCAAUGCACCACUCUGCUAAUCAUUUUGCUCUCCAACAACCAUUUCUCAGGAGUUUUACCGCCAAAACUAGGCUUCCUUUCAGGCAUGUUUACAUCUCAAUUGUCAAAAAAUCUGAUAUGGCUUGAUAUAAGACAGAACAAAUUUUCAGGCGAGCUUCCAUCUCAGUUGUCAAAAAAACUGGUUUGGCUCGAUAUAAGCCAUAAUAAGUUUUCAGGUCCUAUUCCUUCCAGUAUAGCCAGCUGGGGAAAUCUUGUUGAAUUCAGGGCAAGCAACAACCAGUUCUGGGGAAAUAUUCCAGUAGAGUUGACUGCUCUAUCAUCUCUUCAUGUUCUUCUACUCGAUGGUAAUCAAUUAUCUGGUGAGCUACCAUCGAGAAUAAUUUCAUGGAAGUCACUGGAUACGCUAGAUCUUGCCCAUAAUUACCUUUCAGGCCCAAUCCCAGCAGCCUUAGGUUCUCUGCCUAGACUUAAUACUUUAAACCUCUCCAAUAACAAGCUAUCAGGUCAAAUUCCUCCUAAUUUAGCGCGGCUAAUAGGGUGGCAAAACCUUGUCACACUUAAUCUGUCUACUAAUAGCCUCAGUGGCAAGAUCCCUAAAGCAUUUGACAACAGGGAAUUUAAUCAAAGUUUCUUAAACAAUGCCAAUAUGUGCUCGGACCACCAAGUUUCAAACCUACAUCGAUGCUCUUCUUCUCAAAACAAAUACCUUGCCGUAAUUCUAGUUCCCGGAGCAAUCAUAUUUCUGAUGCUUCUGUAUUUCGCCUUCUACAAGAUUAAUAUGGGGAGGAAAGAAGAGAAUAGCAGUGAGCAACAGUCAUGGGAACUCAAACCUUUUCACAGGGUAGACUUCACUGAAACAAUGAUUGUGUCAGGCCUGACAGACAAUAACAUGAUCGGAUCUGGAGGGUCAGGAAAGGUAUACAGGAUUAUUGUAAAUGAUUCAUGCGAUAAAGUCGCCGUUAAAAGAAUCUGGACUGGAAGAAAAGUGGAAGACGCUCUUGAAAAGCAAUUUCUAACAGAAGUUGAGAUUCUAUGCACAAUUAGGCAUGCUAACAUAGUGAAGUUGCUGUGUUGUGUUUCAAGUGAACAUGUUAAGCUUCUUGUAUAUGAAUACAUGGAGAAUCACAGCCUUGAUAAGUGGCUUCAGGCGAAAAAGAUAGAUAAUGAACCAUCAUCAAUGCAGUCGGAUGAUAAUAUUGUUCUGGAUUGGCCAACUCGAUUGAGAAUCGCGGUAGGAGCUGCAAAGGGACUACGCUAUUUGCACACUGAAUGCUCUCCUCCCAUCAUUCACAGAGAUGUGAAAUCAAGCAACAUCUUGCUAGACACGGAGUUCAAUGCGAAAAUUGCAGAUUUUGGACUAGCCAAGAUGACAGUCAAGACCGGCGAACCUCAAACUGCAUCUGUUGUUGCAGGCUCUUUUGGUUACAUAGCUCCAGAAUAUUGGCAAACAAAAAGGCUGAAUGAGAAGAUUGAUGUUUACAGCUUUGGAGUUGUCCUUCUGGAACUAGCAACAGGGAAAGAUCCGUGUACGGGAAAUGAGCACUUAAACCUGGCAGACUGGUCAUGGCAACACUGUUGUGACGAACAUCCCAUCAUUGAUGCCUUAGAUGAGGAUAUCAAGGAACCAAGAUUCAUAGAACAGAUGGUAAAAGUGUUUAAACUAGGUCUCAUAUGCACAAGCAAGAUGCCAAGCUCACGACCAUCUAUGAAACAGGUUCUACAGCUACUUAAUGCAUGCAGCCACUAUGAAAACCAUGGUCGUACACAGAUGGUUAAUGAGGAAUGA